UGAGAGCUUAACAUGUCAAGUGUUAAUCAAAGGGCUUUAACAAGCAUUAAUGGAGGAGGAGAAGAUGAAGGUGAUCAUGAUAUAGUAAUCAGAGACAUCCACCCCUUGACACCUCCUCGGCCGCUGCUUCCACUCCCACCGCCGCCGAAUGGAGCUCACCGGACCGACUCUUGGGAGACCGGUAGCAACAUUUCCGGCGAGAAUUUCACUACCAUGAGUCGAGAAUUCAAUGCUUUAGUACUUGCAGGGGCGACGAUCGACAACACUAACAGUGAAAAUGACAGUGGUCAUAACGCCAGCAAUAACAAUCUUUCCAGAAUUGGAGAAGAUGAUGAGAUUCCAGAGGAAACAAACCCAUUAGCUAUCGUCCCAGAUAACAGUUCUCCCUUAAACCACACUAAUGGGUCUUCCUCUGCAACUGGGGGUUUCACUGAAGAAAUUACAAGUCUGCAAAUGGUGAAGAAAGGGGAGAUUGAUUCGAAGAUAUCGGCAUGGCAGACGGCGAAGAUAGCCAAAAUCAACAACAGAUUCAAGAGAGAAGAUGCCAUCAUCAAGGGUUGUCAAAGUGAGCAGGUGCAGAAGGCUCAAUCUGGUUUGAAGAAAGUUGAGAGGAAGCUGGAGGAGAAAAGGGCUAAAGCUGUAGAGAAAAUGAGAAAUGAAGUGGCAAAGGCACAUAGAAAAGCAGAGGAGAAGAGGGCUUCAGCUGAAGCUAAGAGGGGAACAAAAGUGGCUAAGAUAGUUGAGAUAGCUAAUCUGAUGAGAGCCAUUGGAAGGGUUCCUACCAAACGUUCCUUCUUCUAAUUAAAGCCUUAGAAAUAAAUAGUUGCAGAUACUCUGUUAUCAUAAAUUUUGAAAG